AUGAGGUUCACAUUGAAAAAAAUAUCAUUUGUAUUGAUAACAUUAUUGACAAUACUGAUAGGAUAUUUAUUACUACAGUCAAUUGAUUUACAACGUAUACGGGAACUUUUACAUGAUGAUGAGAAAUUUGAUCUCGAGAGUCUAAAGCAAGCAAGUUUGGAGAUAAGAAAAGAGAUACAUUAUACAAAUUAUCUAUUCAGUGGAUAUGAUAAUUUUACCAAACAGUUUUCUGAUGACGAAACCAUCAAGCAGACUUCAUUAAAUGACAAAUGCAAACUAGUUUUCAAUCAGUGGAAAGUAUCACAUCCAGAUUUUGAAUUUAAAACUUUCGAACCUGAAUAUGAACGAUACGAUAAAUCUUCAGAUCGUAAGGAGUUAUUUUUCAAAGAGAGAAUUAAUGAAUUGAGGAAGCGUUUUGAAAAGGAUGGUAAUAAUAGGGAUAAAAAAUUCACAUUAUCAAGACUGGACAAUAAAACCAUAUCCCAUGAGUAUAUGAAGAAUGUGAAGCGUUCAAAAAAUGUGUUGCAAUUUAUGGCUGAUUUCGUAUCAAUGAUGAGAUUGUAUGGCAAGUGCUUUUUUGGAAGAGAAUUGGAUGACGAAUUAAAUUCUAUUUACACUGAGUAUAGGGGGAAACUUUUCCCAUUUAUAACCAACCAAGCUCCCAAAUUUAGAAAAGUUGGAGAAAGUGAAGAAUCUGGCUGGCCAAUUUAUGAUGAUCAGAAAAAUAUUAUUGACAGAAAAACGGAAUUUGGUAAUAAUCCAAUUGAAUUCCUUCAGAAGAACUCUAAGGGUAGGGGAAUAGUUAUAUCUGUAUCAACCAGAUAUGCAAAGGAUACCAUGAGAUUAAUUAAAAUACUCCGAGCAUUAAAUAAUAGACUACCUAUACAAAUUGUAUUUAAAAAUGACAUUACCAAGAAAAACAUUGAACUUUUGGAGUUUGCUGCGGUUGCAACUCCUGAAGAAUUAUUUGAUCCGGAAAUAAUUCGAGAUGGCGCUAAAUUUAUGCCCGAAUUGAAUUUAUUAGAAAACUAUAAGAAUUAUGGUUCUGAGUUCCCAGUUCAAGAUUUGACUUUUGUCAACAUUGUCGGUUGUGUUUCACGACCCUAUAGAUUUUCGUUCCCAGGUUAUUCUAACAAGAUUUUGGCAAUGCUUUAUUCUUCCUUUGAAGAAGUGAUUUUGUUUGAUGCAGAUGUUGUACCUACAGUGAACCCACAGGAAUUUUUUGAUUCGAAAUACUAUAAAUUGUCGGGGACUUAUUUUUUCCAAGACCGGUCAUUACGAGAUUUCAAUGAUUUCAUAGAGACAAAUUUCUUUAGUACUUUAUUUCCAAGUAACGAAAAAUCUAUUGACACUUUCUUUGAUAUUCCUAGAGUUGGUGAGAAAACUUUCGAUAAUAAAUAUAUGACCGGCUGGAGACAUUAUCAGGAAGCUGGAGUUGUUGCCUACAAUAAGAUGCAACAUUUCUUAGGACUUUUAAUGAUGUUCCCAUUAGCGCUUUGGACUGAGCCAGUGCAGUCUUCAAUUUGGGGCGACAAAGAAAUGUAUUGGUUGGGUUUGUCAAUGGCAGGAGAUGAGAAUUAUGAAUUUAAUCAUUAUGCAGCAGCAUCUGUUGGUGAAAAAGCUACUGAACAAAAGCACAAGUAUUACCCUAAUUCUGAAAGCAAUGAAGUAUGUUCGACGCAUCCUGGUCAUAUUGAUGAAAAUGGGAAGUUGUUGUGGAUAAAUUCUGGGUUUAGUUAUUGCAAAAAGAAUGGGUAUUUCAGAGAUAAAGGUAAAUUCCCAUUUUCGACAUUUGAACUCAGGGAUUUGGUUAAGCUUUAUAGUUCACCAAUAAAGAUUAGAGCAGGACUUAUCCCACCAGAUUUACCUAAUCAUCGAGAACCAGGAAGCCCCCCUGACACCAACCCUGAAAUGGAAUUUCGCAAAUCCUGGAAAUCACGUAAAAAGGAUAUUGACGAAAUCAACGAUAAAUUACCUGAAGGUCAAGAACCAUAUGAUUUUAUUAGUGAAUGGGGACCUCAAAAGGGGUGGGUCAAAAAUGGGAUCUGUUCUGGUUAUUAUUAUUGUGCUUAUGACAAAAUAACUAGUUAUUCAUCUGAAAGAGAGUUUGACACUGGGACACUUGUUGAAUUUGAUUCCAAAUCGAACGAAUUAUUUGAUUAUUUAAGUAAAAUAUGGCAUACUGGUGGAUCCAAAAUGAUGCCAAAAGUUAAAUUAGAAACUGAUAAAUCUGGAACUGAUCCAGAUAAACAACAACAGGAGAGUUGA